AUGAGCAAAGAGCAAGACUACAAGUCGUCGAAGCAAACAGGAGAAGGCGAAGAGUCUCACCAGCACCAGGCCGGUUCUCGGACCGAUCGCGACAUCGAUGAGUGGAAGCAUCGCGAACCCUACGCUGUCCACGACGUCGAGAAAAAUGAGAAGUUCGACGUCAAGUGGGAGGGCGCGUGCCAUUGUGGAAAAGUCACAUAUCAGCUGAGCAGGGAGAGGCCGUUGGCGGCGAAGUACUGCCAUUGCACGACUUGUCAGAGAUUACAUGGUGCACCGUUCCAGUGGGCCGCCAUCUUCCACAAAUCCGACAUCAACUUCACCAAUGGCCACCACGAACUAGGCUGGUACGACCCCACCUCUAAAUCGACCACCCACCACCUCCCCUGCAAGGUUUCGUGUGCAUACUGCCGGUCCCCAAUCAUGGACGAAGGCCGCAACAUGAUCCUGCUUUUCCCACCACUGAUCAAGAAGAUCAACACUCCCGAAGGCCGUGAAGCCUUCCGACCCACCUGCCAUAUGUUCUAUCCUCAGCGCGUUGCAGAGGGGUUCAAGGGUGAUGGUCUUGUGAAGUGGAAGGGAUUGGACAAUAUGAGCGACUUGCUUGACGAUGACGAGAAUGUAUUGGUGCAGUGGGAGGAUGGGCUUGACGAGAAGAAGAUGGACGAGAAGAAGAGAGAGUUCUUGGAGUUCACGCAGAAGGAGGGCGAGGUGAAGCGAGUCAAGAAGAGCGAUUGA